UCUAUGUAUUCACCUACCCUUUUCUAUGAGAAACAGAAAAUCUUCUCCUGAUCAUGAUUAUGUCCAAUUGGUCCAAUACACAUAACUGUGAAUCUUCUGGUGUCACUAAUAUAGAUAGUGAAGAAGAUGAACAUGGAAGUGAGCUUGCUGAAGGUCGUGAUUUAUGGCAUGCAAGACGGGCAUUCUUAAGAAGUUACCACUUCUCAAAGCAAAGUGGGUUGAAGGAGAAGCUAAGGAUGUCUGUGAAGGAGCUUAAUGGGAUGGCUAUGGUGGUGGUUUCAGAUAUACGUCGACAUGUUUCUACGAGAAGGCUUGGGAUUAGGGCUUUCAGGUUUACAAUGGAUUUGCCAUCUUUGUUUUUUAUUAGUUUAAGAUGUUAUACGCCAUGGAUAAAGAAGAAGCCCAUAAAGGAGUGACUUUUUUAGUAUGUUUGUAUGUGUGUGUGUGUGUGUGUGUGCCUGUGUGUCGUCAAUUGUUAUCUAAUUUUCAUUUUUCUUAAGAGUUAUCUUUUUUCCAA